AUGGCAGAAAAAAUUCUCGACCAAAUCCGCGAUGUCGCCGAGGGACAGAUCGAUUUUGAGGGCCAGAAGCUCGUCGAGACUUUGUCGACCGUGCUUUUGAGCAUUGUGGGUAUCAUUUCCUUCCUCGUCGGGUACUUCCUGCAAGACAUCAAGCUCGCUGUCUACAUUGGACUCGGCGGCACGGCACUCACCUUCCUCGCGAUCAUCCCCCCUUGGCCUUUCUACAACAAGAAUCCUGUCAAAUGGCUCCCGAUCGGCGGAGGAGCAGCAGCAGUUUCGGUCCCACAAGAUCUUAUUAUAGACGAGAAAGCCAUGCGGUGA